AUGAGGGUGAACAAAGAGGAAGAAUCAGGCCGCGGAUGUCUCUGCUGCCAGACUGCAGUCAUGAGACUGGGAUGGCCCGGAGAGUACGAGGCCUUGUUAGGCAUGGAGGAGACGGUGCGAACACUACUACAGAACCAGGACUCACUGGAAGGGCCCAAGGUGGACCCACUGGACCUCAUGAAAGCCUAUAAGGACAAACUGCUGGAGGAAAUGUGGAAGCAGCAGGAUAGUCUGGAGGGUCCCACAGCCACCGCAGCACAGAUGCCUGUGUCGCCUGAGGCCGGCGGAGGGUCGGAGGAAAAUUCAAAGGACAGCAAUCCCCUGCUAGAGCGACUCAGAGCCCUGGAGGCGGAAAACUCUGCUCUGUCAAUGGAAAAUGACAAUCAGAGGAAGCAAUAUGAACGCUGUCUGGAUGAGGUGAGUGUUCCUGUUCUCUCAGCACUUUCAACAUCAAACACGUCCUGUGUCAUGUAA